CCUGGCCAACAUGGUGAAACUGCAUCUCUACUAAAAAUACAAAAAAAUUAGUUGGGUGUGGUGGUGCAUGCCUAUAGUCCCAGCUACUCUGGAGGCUGAGGCAGGAGAAUGACUUGAAUCCAGGAGGCAGAGAUUGCAGUAAGCUGAGACUGCACCACUGCACUCCAGCCUGGGCAACACUGUGAGACUCCGUCUUAAAAAAAAUGUUUUGGCCGGUUGUGGUGGCUCACACCUGUAAACCCAGCACUUUGGGAGGCUGAAGUGGGCAGAUCACCUGAGGUCAGGAGUUUAAGACCAGCCUGGCCAACAUGGUGAAACCCUGUCUCUACUAAAAAUACAAAAAUUAGUCAGGUGUGAUGGCAGGUGCCUGUAAUGCCAGCUACUCAGGAGGCUGAAGCAGGAGGAUCACUCAAACCCACGAGGCAGAGGUUGCAGUGAGCCGAGAUCACACCAUUGCCCUCCAGCCUGGGCAACAAGAGCAAGAAUUUGUCUAAAAACAUGUUUUUCAUAAACUGUGACUUUUAUCAGACUUCUGCACUCUUGAAAUUAACCCUGGCUCCUAGGAGGAGCCCUGUACCUCAGUAGAACACUCAUUCAACAUACAUCUGUCAGGCACCUGCUGUCUGCUGGAGCUGUGGCUAUGUCAGCAACUACAGGAGGUGGGCAGGGGUACAGGAGUUCCUGACUGCCCCAGGCCAGAACGCGCACUCCUCUAGCAGCUGGCAAGGAGCAGAUGACUCAGACUUGAGCUCAGUCCAUGGGACAGCCUUUUCUGGCCACUGUUCUCCAGGAGAUGGGGUGUGUGGUAGCACAAGGUAAAACUCUUGGCUCCUCGACAGGCUCUGGGCAGUCUAAACACCCUGUGCCUCACUUCCUCGCACAUUAAGUGUGGACAAUAAGAGGACUUAUCCCAGGGUCGUUCAGGGAGAAGUGUGUCAAACAUUUGUCUGAUCUCACACUGCUAUUAAGACACUACCUGGCUGGGUGCGGUGGCGCAUGCCUGGAAUCCCGGUACUUUGGGAGGCUGAGGCGGGUGGAUCACCCGAGGUCAGUUCCAGACCAGCCUGGGCAACAUGGUGAAAUGCUGUCUCUACUAAAAAUACAAAAAUUGGCUGGGUGUGGUGGUGGCUGCCUGUAAUCCCAGAUACUCGGCAGGCUGGGAGAAUCGCUUGAACCUGGGAGGUGGAAGCUGCAGUGAGCUGAGAUCAUGGCUGGGGAGCCCCCUGGAAAAUUACAAUCAUGGCAGAAGGCGAAAUCUGUUAGUCCUAGUUCCCAGGUCUGACAUGGCGUCAGGAGAGAGACAGAUAGAGAGAGAGAGGAAGAAGGGGAACCCGCCACCUUCAAGCCAUGGGAGCUCAUUAGCACUCACUAUCAUGGAACAGCCUGGGGGAAACUGACCCCAAGAUCCGAUCACCUCCAGGCCCUCCCUCCACAUGUGGGCAUCACGGUUGGAGGGGGACUUGGGUGGGGACACAGCCGAACUGUAUCCGCUGGCGUGGGCGGCACUGAAAGCCCUUCCACAAGCGUGUGUGGCUGCGUCUCCUCAUCGUUAACUCCCUGCCGAGUCCCGGAUAGGCAGCCUGCGGUUCCUUCACCAGAACAGGCCCAUGGCGGGGGCUUCUCGGCCGAGCACCGUCUCGAGCAGGAGCGUGGGCUCGCCACCGUCUAGAGCAGGAGCGUGGGCUCGCGCGGCAGACGCAUGCGCCACCCGUGGGAAACCGCGAACGUUAAACAGCAGUGAACAGGCGCUGCCUGCUGGCCGUGCGCGCUCAGGCAGCGUCGACUUCCUCCUGGGGCCUUUUGGGAAAUGGGGGCUGCGGCCGCCCGAGACAAACAGCCCUGACGCUGGGCUGACCCCACAGAACUGUGCGGGCCUCGCUCUUGGAGUCCGCCCUGCUGUCAGCCGGUGCCGGGUGCUGGGGACACGGGGAGGCCCGCCAGGGCCAGUGCGGGGACAGUAACCCAGGCAGAAGCUAGACCGAGCGGCAGAGGAAGGAGAGGAGGCGGUCAGGGCUCUCAGGAGCCGGGGCCUGGGCCGGGGGCAGCCGUUUUUCCAUUUUCAGGAAAGCGGUAGGCAGUGAAAAGGAAGAAAAUGCCUCUGGGAGGAGGUCCGUGCAGCUCUCCGGGCAAUGGUGAUGGCGUGGCCUAGGGAGGUGGUGAUGGAACGGAGACCCUGGUGGGGGAUGACACCAAGGGAGGAGACGGGCAGGACCCCAGAUGUCUGCCUGUGGGCGACGGAAGUGAGGUUCACUGGGCAGGGGAGCCGGGCAAGGAACGCGCAUAGGGCCGCGUAGACCUCAAGGAGUCGAAGAGCAGGCGGACCCCUCCGCGGGGAAACAGUUUCCGACCGGAGCACAAAGUAGAGGACCGGACGUGGGGGCGGAAGUGCAGCGCGCUCAGCGGCUAUUGCGCGCCUCAGCCCGCGAAGUCCGAACUGGCUGACAGCGGGGCACGCGGUGGCGGCCCUCGACUGGAGUUGGUUGAGUUCCUGAGGGCCCCCCGGUUCUAGAAGGCUCGCGAAGGCAAGUGAGCAGUCUUGCCAUAGGGAUUUUGGAAGAGAGCAGCGUUGUGUCCCAGGGCACAUUCUCGCAUCGAUCACCAGGAGUGGCUGAGACCCUGGGGCCUUCGGAGUGGUUUUUUCAUACAGACCCGAAUAAGCCUGCCCCUCAGCGACCCUCUGAGCCCUCCUGAGAACAGGUUGAUAUGCCCAAGAUAGUCCUGAAUGGUGUGACCGUAGACUUCCCUUUCAAGCCCUACAAAUGCCAGCAGGAGUACAUGGCCAAGGUCCUGGAAUGUCUGCAGAAGAAGGUGAAUGGCAUCCUGGAGAGCCCCACGGGCACAGGGAAGACGCUGUGCCUCCUGUGCACCACGCUGGCCUGGCGAGAACACCUCCGAGACACCAUCUCUGCCCGCAAGAUUGCCGAGAGGCUGCAAGGGGAGCUUUUCCCAGAUCGAGCCUUGUCAUCCUGGGGCAGUGCUGCUGCUGCUGCUGAUGGAGACCCCAUAGCUUGCUACACGGACGUCCCAAAGAUCAUUUAUGCCUCCAGGACCCACUCACAACUCACCCAGGUCAUCAGCGAGCUUCGGAACACCUCCUACCGGCCUAAGGUGUGUGUGCUGGGCUCCCGGGAGCAGCUGUGCAUCCACCCUGAAGUGAAGAAGCAGGAGAGUAACCACAUGCAGAUCCACUUGUGUCGAAAGAAGGUGGCAAGUCACUCCUGUCAUUUCUACAACAACGUAGAAGAGAAGAGCCUGGAGCAGGAGCUGACCAGCCCCAUCCUGGACAUCGAGGACUUGGUCAAGAGCGGAAGCAGGCACAGGGUGUGCCCUUACUACCUGUCCCGGAACCUGAAGCAGCAGGCUGACAUCAUCUUCAUGCCGUACAAUUACUUGUUGGAUGCCAAGAGCCGCCGGGCACACAGCAUUGACCUGAAGGGGACGGUCGUGAUCUUGGAUGAAGCUCACAACGUGGAGAAGAUAUGUGAAGAAUCGGCAUCCUUUGACCUGACACCCCAGGACCUGGCUUCAGGACUAGACGUCAUAGACCGGGUGCUGGAGGAGCAGACCAAGGCAGCGCAGCAGGGCGAGCCCCACCCAGAGUUCAGCGCGGACACCCCCAGCUCAGGACUGAACAUGGAGCUGGAAGACAUUGCAAAGCUGAAGAUGAUCCUGCUCCGUCUGGAGGGGGCCAUCGAUGCCAUCGAGCUGCCUGGAGACAACAGCGGAGUCACCAAGCCAGGGAGCUACAUCUUUGAGCUGUUUGCUGAAGCCCAGCUCACGUUUCAGACCAAGGGGUGCAUCCUGGACUCGCUGGACCAGAUCAUCCAGCACCUGGCAGGACGUGCCGGAGUGUUCACCAACACGGCUGGACUGCAGAAGCUGGCAGACAUCAUCCAGCUCUGUGACAGCUUCAUGAGUGUCUGCCUGGCCUUUGCGGUGCUUGAGCUGGGGAGGCUGCAGAAGAACCCCGGGACGUAUGGCCGGCCUGUGCCCACGCUGCAGUGCUCUGUCCAUGCUGCCGGACAGCCAGGUGCUGCCUUCUUCACGGAUGCAGCUCUGAGCAGGUGGACCUGCUUCCUUGUCCCCGAUGGGUGGCUGCAGAGCACCUGCAGCACAUGGCCAGACCAGGCAGCCCUGCGGCACCAGGGCCUAGAGGGCAGAGACCCUGGGGUUGCACCAUGUUUCCCAGGCUGGUCUCAAAAAUCCUGGGUUCAAGCAAUUUGCUUCUCUCGGCUUCCCGGAGUGCUGGGAUUACAGAUUGUGUUCAGUGUGGACCCCUCUGAGUUCGGCCCUGAUUUCCUGGAGGGGCUAGGGGCCUUACGGUCCUAUAAGGUGCACAUCCAUCAUGAUGCUGGUCACUGGAGGGCAGCUCAGCAGUCCGAUGCCUGGAGCACCACUGCAGCCAGAAAGCCAGGGAAGGUCCUGAGCUACUGGUGCUUCAGUCCUGGCCACAGCAUGCGAGAGCUGGUCCGCCAGGGUGUCCGCACCCUCAUCCUCACCAGCGGCACGCUGGCCCCAGUGUCCUCCUUUGCCCUGGAGAUGCAGAUCCCUUUCCCAGUCUGCCUGGAGAACCCACACAUCAUUGACAAGCACCAGAUCUGGGUGGGGGUUGUCCCCAGAGGCCCCGACGGAGCCCAGUUGAGCUCUGCGUUUGACAGGCGGUAUUCUGAGGAGUGCUUGUCCUCCCUGGGGAAGGCUCUGGGCAACAUCGCCCGCGUGGUCCCCUACGGGCUCCUUGUCUUCUUCCCUUCCUAUCCUGUCAUGGAAAAAAGCCUGGAGUUCUGGCGGGCCCGAGACUUGGCCAGGAAGAUAGAGGCGCUGAAGCCACUGUUCGUGGAACCCAGGAGCAAAGGCAGCUUCUCUGAGACCAUCAGUGCUUACUACGAGAGGGUCACCUCUCCCGGGUCCACCGGCGCUGCCUUCCUGGCCGUGUGCCGGGGCAAGGCCAGUGAGGGGCUGGACUUCUCCGACACGAAUGGCCGUGGUGUGAUCGUCACGGGCCUCCCAUACCCCCCGCGCAUGGACCCCCGGGUUGUCCUCAAGAUGCAGUUCCUGGACGAGAUGAAGGGCCAGGGUGGGGCUGGGGGCCAGUUCCUCUCUGGGCAGGAAUGGUACCGGCAGCAGGCGUCCAGGGCUGUGAACCAGGCCAUUGGGCGAGUGAUCCGGCACCGCCAGGACUACGGGGCCGUCUUCCUCUGUGACCACAGGUUCGCCUUUGCUGAUGCCAGAGCCCAGCUGCCCUCCUGGGUACGCCCCCAUGUCAGGGUGUACAACAACUUCGGUCACGUCAUCCGAGAUGUGGUCCAGUUCUUCCGUGUUGCUGAGCGAACUAUGCCAGCACCGGCCCCCCGGGCUGCAGCAUCCAGCUCAUGUGAGAAAGAAGAUGGUGUCAGAGUGGCCAAGUCGCCUGGCACCCUCCUCUCUACCAGGAAAGCUAAGAGUCUGGACCUGCACGUCCCCAGCCUGAAGCAGAAGCCCUCAGGGUCGCCAGCUGCUGAGGACCUUGAGGGCAGCCUGUGUGUGGAGUAUGAGCAGGAGUCAGUCCCUGCCGGGCAGAGGCCCAAAGGGUUGCUGGCUGCCCUGGAGCACAGCGAGCAGCAGGCCGGGGGUCCCAGCAAGGAACAGGCCCACAGGUACUCCACCCUGUCCCUCCCAUGUGAGAAGAGACUGGCAGAGGAGCCACGAGGAGGGAGGAGGAAGAUCCGGCUGGUCACCCACCUGGAGGAGCCCGCGGCUGCUGCACAAGUGGACAGGGCCAAGCUCUUCAUGGUGGCUGUGAAGCAGGAGCUGAGCCAGGCCAACUUUGCCACUUUCACCCAGGCUCUGCAGGACUACAAGGGUUCUGAUGACUUCGCUGCCCUGGUGGCCCACCUCCGCCCCCUCUUUGCUGAGGACCCCAAGAAGCACAGCCUGCUCCAAGGGUUCUACCAGUUUGUACGGCCCCACCACAAACAGCAGUUUGAGGAGGUUUGCAUCCAGCUAAUAGGACGAGGCUGUGGCUAUCAGCCUGAGCACAGCAUUCCUCAAAGGCAGCGGGCACAGCCAGCUCUGGAUCCCACUGGAAGGAUGGCGCCCGAUCCCAAGCUGACCCUGUCCAAGGCUGCCACCCAGCAGCUGGACCCCAGAGAGCACCUGAACCAGGGCGGGCCCCACCUGACCCCCAGGCCACCCCCCGAAGGGGACCCUGGAAGCCACCCACAGUGGGGGUCCGGAGCACACAGAGCAGGGAAGCAGGGCCAGCGUGCCGUGAGCGCCUACCUGGCGGAUGCCCGCCAGGCCCUGGGGUCCGCAGGCUAUAGCCAGCUCCUGGCAGCACUGAGAGCCUACAAGCAGGACGACGACCUGGACAAGGUGCUGGCCGUGCUGGCUGCCCUGACCACCGAGAGGCCUGAGGACUUCCCCCUGCUGCAGAGGUUCAGCAUGUUUGUGCGUCCACACCACAAGCAACGCUUCCUGCAGACGUGCACAGACCUGACUGGCUGGUCCCAUGGGGGUAUGGAGCUGCUGGGACCCCAGGAGGAGAGCCUUGCCACGCCUCCUGUGCUCGCUCAUGGGACUCACCAACCAGGCCCCUCAUGGCCAAAGAAGGCCGGGAAGACGCAGAGCAAGAUCUCGUCCUUCCUUAGACAGAGGCCAGCGGGGGCCGUGGAGGCGGACUGUUCAGCAGCAGGGCCCAGCCAGUCCUCCAGACCUCCCCAUGGUCCUGCAGCAUCUGAGUGGGGGCGGAGGACGUGGUGCCCUUCCAGUGCCCUGCCUGUGACUUUCAGCGCUGCCAGGCCUGCUGGCAACGGUACCUUCAGGCCUCUAGAACGUGCCCAGCCUGCCACACCACCUGCAGGAGGCAGAGUAUCAUGCAGGUCUUCUGGCCGGAGCCCCACGAGGACCAUGAGGGCACUGGAGGGGCCAGGCCUGUCACUGCUGUGCUCGGCAUGGGUGCUGCCCACCCUGCUGUUGGUGAUGGCCACACGAGGAGCAGCAGAAGCACCCACCUACCCCUGGCGAGACCCAGAGACGGAAGAGUGGCUGGUGUGUGCCCAGUGCCCCCCAGGCACCUUUGUGCAGCGCCCGUGCCGCCGAGACAGCCCCACGAUGUGUGGCCCCUGUCCACCGCGCCACUACACGCAGUUCUGGAACUACCUGGAGCGCUGCCGCUACUGUAACGUCCUCUGCGGGGAGCGAGAGGAGGAGGCGAGGCCCUGCCAAGCCACCCACAACCGCGUCUGCCGCUGCCGAGCCGGCUUCUUCGCGCACGCUGGUUUCUGCCUGGGGCACACGCCGUGUCCCCCUGGCACCGGCGUGACUGCCCCUGGCACCCCCAGUCAGAACACACAGUGCCAGCCGUGCCCCUCAGGCACCUUCUCAGCCAGCAGCUCCAGCUCAGAGCAGUGCCAGCCCCACCGCAACUGCACAGCCCUGGGCCUGACCCUCACCAUGCCGGGCUCCUCCUCCCACGACGCCCUGUGCACCAGCUGCACCAGCUUCUCCCUCAGUACCAUGUUACCAGGUGGGCUGGGUGAGCCAGGAACGGAGGAGUGUGAGCGUGCCGUCAUCGACUUCGUGACUCUCCAGGACGUCUCUAUCAAGAAGCUGCAGCGGCUACAGCAGGUCCUCGAGGGCCCUGGGGGCUGGGGUCCUGCGCCAAGGGUGGGCCGGGCGGCCUUGCGGCUGAAGCUGCAGCAGCGGCUCAAGGAGCUUCUGGAGGUGGGGGACGGAACGCUGUUGGCACGGCUGCUGCGGGCGCUGCGUGUGGCCAGACUGCCUGGGCUGGAGCGGAGCAUCCGUGAGCGGUUCCUCCCUGCACACUAAGCCUGGCCCCCUCACCCCCCCCUUAUUUAUUUUAUACAUUCUUGGCCCUCACAUGCACCAAAAGAGGCUUAAAAUUUUUUUUCUUAAAAAAUGAGGUUUC